AUGGCUAAUAAUCUCUCAAUGCAUGAUGAUUAUGCAGAUGAAGAUGACUACAUAAACAUAGAAUUCAUCACUUCUUCUUCCUCUUCUUCUUCACCGAAAAGCAGAGAAUUCGAGUUCCAAUUCACAUCUUCUCUCACUAGCAAUGAGAGAGAAACCCCCACUUUCUUCCCCGCCGCCGCCGACGACCUCUUCUAUAAAGGCCGGCUCCUCCCUCUCUACGUCCCACCUCGCCGCCAGAUGCUCAACAACCUCCUCCUCCACACCACCGUCGCUACCGCCGCAUUCGAAAUGCCGCCGCUACUCUGCUCCACAGCACCCUGCACCGCCGCAUUCAACACCCCCACAGAUUCAUGCAACAUUUCCCCAUCGGAAUCUUGCAGGGUGAGCUGCGAGCUCAACCCCGACGACUACUUCUUCGAAUGGUCCUCCGAAUUAAGCAGUUUCCUACACAACCCCCUCAACAAUCACAGUAUUGCAAAAAAGUCCAAAAAGCAGAAGCUGAUUCAGAAGCUGAAAGCUUCCAGGGCUUUUCUCAAGUCCCUCUUCACCAAAUCAACUUGCAAUGCAGAAGAACAAGAAGCAGCCGAUGAAAAGAAGCUGCCGAAAGCCGAUGCCAUGAAAAUGCCGACAAUCGCCACUAUUAUCAAGAACAACAUCGAUAAUAAUAAUACUAUUAUCAAUAACAAUAAUAAUCAUAAUAAUGUGGGAAACGAGGAAGUUCAGAGAAGAUCGUUUUCCGGUGCGAUUAAACGGGCGAAAUGCAUGUCUUCGUCGAACUCUUCUUCGUCGUCGAAUUCCUCUUCUUCUUCGUCCUCCUUUUCGAUUAAUUCGAAUAAUGGUUUCCAUGAGCUGCAGUUUCUGAGGAGGAGCAGUAGUGCUACAGAGAUUGAGGGUUCCAUUGAAGCAGCCAUUGCUCAUUGCAAAAAAGACCAGGUCUUUUUUCCAUAA